AACAAAGGUAAACAGUGGGUAGGCAGUGGGAAACAGAGGUAAACAGAAGUAAACAAAGGGUAAGCAGUGGGAAACAGAGGUAAACAGUGGUAAACAGAAGUAAACAGUGGUAAACAGAAGUAAACAGAGGGUAAACAGAGGUAAACAGUGGUAAACAGAGGUAAGCAGUGGUAAACAGAGGUUAAAGAGAAGUAAACAGAGGGUAAACAGUGGGUAAACAGAAGUAAACAGAGGUAAACAGAAGUAAACAGUGGUAAACAGAGGGUAAAGAGAAGUAAACAGAGGUAAACAGUGGUAAACAGAAGGUAAACAGAGGUAAAUAGUGGGUAAACAGUGGGUAAACAGAGGUAAAGAGUGGGUAAACAGAGGGUAAACAGAAGUAAACAGUGGGUAAACAGAGGGUAAACAAAAGUAAACACUGGGUAAACAGAAGUAAACAGUGGUAAACAGAAGUAAACAGAGGGUAAACAGUGGGUAAACAGAGGUAAACAGUGGGUAAACAGGUAAACAGUGGGUAAACAGAAGUAAACAGAGGGUAAACAGUGGGUAAACAGAAGUAAACAGAGGUCAACAGUGGGUAAGCAGUGGGUAAACAGAGGGUAAACAGAAGUAAACCGUGGGAAACAGAGGGUAAACAGUGGUAAACAGAGGUAAACAGAAGUAAACAGCGGUAAACAGAAGUAAACAGUGGGAACAGAGGUAAACAGAGGGUAAACAGAGGUAAACAGAAGUAAACAGAGGGAAACAGUGGGUAAACAGAAGUAAACAGCGGUAAACAGAAGUAAACAGUGGGAAACAGAGGUAAACAGAAGUAAACAGAGGGUAAACAGAGGGAAACAGAGGGAAACAGUGGGAAACAGAGGUAAGCAGGGGGUAAACAGAGGUAAACAGAAGUAAACAGAGGGAAACAGUGGGUAAACAGAGGUAAACAGAGGUAAACAGUGGGAAACAGAGGUAAACAGAAGUAAACAGUGGGUAAACAGGUGUAAACAGUGGGUAAACAGAGGUAAACAGGGAUAAACAGAGGUAAACAGUGGGUAAACAGUGGUAAACAGUGGUAAACAGUGGGUAAACAUUGGGUAAACAGUGGGUAAACAAUGGGUAAACAGUGGUAAAUAGUGGUAAACAGUAGGUAAACAGUGGUAAGCAGUGGUAAACAGUGGUAAGCAGUGGGUAAUCAGUGGUAAACAGUGGUAAACAAUGGUAAGCAGUGGGUAAACAGUGGUAAACAGUGGGUAAACAGUAGGUAAACAGUGGUAAGCAGUGGGUAAACAGUGGUAAGCAGUGGGUAAUCAGUGGUAAACAGUGGUAAACAAUGGUAAGCAGUGGGUAAACAGUGGGUAAACAGUGGUAAGCAGUGGGUAAUCAGUGGUAAACAGUGGGUAAACAGUGGGUAAACAGUGGUAAACAGUGGGUAAACAGUGGUAAGCAGUGGGUAAACAGUGGUAAACAGUGGGUAAACAGUGGUAAACAGUGGGUAAACAGUGGGUAAACAGUGGUGGGUAGGUGGACAUGUUUUCCACUACAGCUAACAAUGACAGCCCUGAAACGGAUCCAAAGCAGCCGAAACAGAGCGGUGUGACAGCGGACUACUGCACGAAGUUACAGCAGUGGAUGUGGCAGUGUUACUGGGGCUAUGGCCAGUGGCAGAGCUGGGGGCCAUGGAGGCCAGGGUCCACCUUCCCCUGGGGGCCAUGGUCCCCCUUCGGCUGGGGGCCAGGGUCCACCUUCCCCUGGGUCCCUCCGUACACUUUGACCUCACCGGGGACAAGCAUCCAGACGCCGCAGUCACACGCCUCCUCACCCAGCAGUGGGCAGCAGGUUUUGGACACACGGAACUGGUCCAUCUACCCCUAUCAGCUGACUUUCCCAGUAUCCUCUGCCCCUCAUCCGGGUGGUCCCCAAAGUGAUGAGAUCUCACCCAGGACCCCGACCACUGAUCCACUGUGGCCAGGCCAACAGCAGAAUGGGAACCCAGCCCCCCAGGCAGGGCAGGAGUACACCAUUCCCUCUCCUCUCCAAAGGUUCCUUGCUGAGACGGUGGACUUCUUCAUCUUGUUCUGUGUGAAGGCUACCAUCGUACUGUGUAUUAUGCGCCUGAGUGGAAUGAAGGACUUUGCCAAAUUUAUCAUCCAGUUCAUUGUGGAGGAGAUUGAUGAGAACACGUCCAUGGAGGAUCUGCAGAAGAUGAUGGCUGUAGCUCUGGUCCACAGGGUGUUGGUGUGUGUAUAUGAGACUGUCUGUAUUUGGAGUGCUGGUGGUGCCACACCAGGGAAGUUUCUGCUUGGUCUUCGCGUGGUAACAUGUGACACAUCCACUCUGGUCCGACCUAACCGGGUCCUUGUUGUCCCAGCAACAAAUGUCUCCCUCUCUGCGUCCACAGUGCGGGCACUCAACAAGAACUUCUCCAUUGCCUUCCUCUUCCCCAUCUUCAUAACCCUCCUGUUUUUUCAGCACAACAGGACAGUUUAUGACAUCGUGGCAGGGACUAUUGUGGUCCAGCGUAGAAGGGACAGAUGACCCCUCCUCCACCAACCUCUUUUUACUCACACUGGGGGUAAAUGACAGAGGCUGACUGAAGCCGAGUAUUCUGAAUCAGUCAAAUGAACCGCUGUUUCUAAUCUGGGCUGAAUUUGACUCAGAUUGCACUUUUCAAAUGGAUGCAUACAGUUAAGGCCUAAUACACUGCAGUUAAAGGAAGGAUUUCUUUGCAGCUCAUGGUGUAAGAUUUUUAUUUUUAUUUUUUUUACUUGUGACUUAAUGUCACAUGUCAGGAAUCUGCCCAAAGUGUUGUGAUUUAUGAGUGCCACAGCAUUUGCUAAGCUGUCCAGAGGUAGAAGUAUCUCCUGAUA